AAACUUCUGAGCUACUGUUAAUUUUUCUUAAUGGUCUCUCAUUUGGAACGGUCAUCAUUCUAAGAAAAGUGGUGUGGCUUCAAUGGGAUACACAAGCUUUUAUUUAGCUGUACAUGCCUACCAAUAACCUGUAAGUCACUUUAGAGAAGAGUCUCUGCUAAAUAAAAAAAUGUAAAUAAAAAAAAAAGAAACAUUCAAAUGACAAACCGAUAAGCCACACAUUACAUCGUGGUUAAUAUUUAACAUUUUUACAGCUAUCGCCUGAUAAGGUAAAGUGACAGCGGGCGAGGGAGAUAGCUUGACGAAACCUGAUGGAGGUAGAAUUUAGUAAACCUGUAACUAAAGCAAACAACCGGACACCGUCACGAACAGGUACACAGGUAACCUGUGCUUCAGUACAGAAGACUCUCAGACCGAUUUCUGCAUUUGCAAAAAGGUUCCAGUGUGAUGGGGACAGAUCUGGUGGAAUCACAGACUGUGGCACUGGAUGUACUCCUGCUAGGGACCCUGCAGAGCGGGAAGAGCUCCACAGGGAACAUGCUCUUGGGGAGCCGAGACUUCCGUACUGGUCUCUCGCUGGGGGCCGUGACACGAGACUGCCAACUCCGCCGCAGGGUUUUCCCUGCCUUCCUGCGCCGGCAUGGGGACAAGGCAUCGCUGGACCUCCGAGUCCUGGAUACCCCGGGAUAUCCCAACAGUCUCCGGAGCCCGGGGAUAGAGAAGCAGAUUGUUGCCGAAGCUGUGAAGCAGGCAUUUGCAGGGGGUCCACACAUAGUGGCACUAGUUGUGCGGGUCGACGUCCCCUUCUGCGAGGAUGGCCAUCAUCUGCUCCGCUUUGUCGAGGAGCUGUUUGGUCCAGGGUGGAGAAGCCAUGCCAUGCUGGUGCUCAGUCAUGCUGGGAAUGUGGACCAAGCUGGAGUUGACCGAGAGGAGUACCUGAGACUGGCUACUGGGCCUUUCCAUGCACUGCUGACGUCACUGGAGCACAGGCACCACUUUGUGGAGAACUCAUCACCUUGGCUGCAGAUGGAGGGGAAGCCCUUGCUGGAGAGAUUGCUCCUUCUUAGCAGGAGGAACCAGUAUAGGAGGCUUCAGUUAAGAGUGUCUGAGUGAAUGCAUCCUCUCUAAAGGGCCGCUGAUUUAUAAGUGCUUCUCGUGUAACAAAACCGCCACACAUCCAACCUUUUCUCUGAACAUGGCUCAUUCACAUGCACACAGGUAACAAUUUAGCUGAGGCAGCCACCAUCAUUUAGAAACAUUUGCACAUCUAUGUUUUUACUUGUACUUUUGCCCUUAUUGCACAUGUUGACAACUUGGUAUACACACACACACACACAC